AUGACCGGAAGGGGCGUGAGAGCCUCCUGUUGUAGCUGGCUCUGUGUGGACACGACCGCCACCGUGGAAGAAAACAGCAGCUCUUGGCGGCAGGCCUACGCAAACUCGGGCUACAGCCCCCCUCCAACAUCACCUGAACACUUGUGCAAGGCCUGCGGAGGCCAGUUUGACACCGCAAGGAGGAAUGUGUGCGUGGACUGCAGGAAGCAGUUCUGUGGCCGCUGCUGGGUGCAGCCAGAGCUCAGGCUGUGCCACACCUGCCAGCGCUUCCACGGUACGCACUUUGAGCGGAGCGAGCUGAUGCGGCUGAAGGUCAAGGAGCUGCGUGACUAUCUCCACCUGCACGAGAUCCCCACGCAGACAUGUCGCGAGAAGGAGGAACUGGUGGAGCUGGUGCUGGGUCAACACACCCCCAGCAGCAGCAGCAGCAGCAGCAGCAGCAGCAACAACUCUGUCCCCCACCCAGCAGCACUGGACCCUCCACAACCACCCACACCUCCCUCCCAAUCAGCUGAGGAACCUGAAGAGUUUACAGAGGAGGAGGAGGAGGAGGGUGAGGAUGAGGAAGAAGAGGAUGAUGACGACGAGUCCACAGAUAGUGAGGAGACACUGGUGCACAGCCGUCGGGCAUCUCUGUCUGAUCUGAGCAGUGUGCAGGACAUUGAGGGCCUCAGUGUACGGCAGCUGAAGGAAAUCCUGGCGCGGAACUUUGUGAACUACAAGGGCUGCUGUGAGAAGUGGGAGCUGAUGGAAAGGGUCACACGGCUCUUUAAUGACCAGAAAGACCUCCACAACCUGGUUUCAAACACUAACAAGGAAACAGGUACAGCGGAGCCAGCCGAGCCCAGUGGGCAGGAGGAGAACCUGUGUAAGAUCUGCAUGGACUCGCCCAUCGACUGUGUGCUGCUGGAAUGUGGCCAUAUGGUCACUUGCAGCAAGUGUGGCAAGCGCAUGAGUGAGUGUCCAAUCUGCAGACAGUACGUGGUGCGUGCAGUGCAUGUCUUCAGAUCUUGAUGAAGAGCCACGAAGACCCAGAGCGCCUGCAGACCGCACACAACACUCUGCCCACUAUCUGUGUGAGGAAUCCUGAGAGUUUUGAGGGUUCGGUCUCUGUUUGGUUUGAUUGUGCUCCUUUUUGUACCUGCACAGAAAUUUGUUGUUGGUAUUAUGUUUUUUUUUCCGUUUACUCCAGAGAUUAAGUUCUCUUACUGUUACAGCAGCUGGCGAGGAUUCAGGUGUGUACAUUUUGAUUAUUUAAGUUACAUGUUUUCUCAUUGCUGUCAGCUUUGUGAUGGCUUGUUGUAGUUGGACAAUGACAGGUUGAGUGCAGGGUAAGGAUAUUGGCUCCGUGUGCAUAUGUAUCAUUUCUGUAAUACUGUGUUUGGUACACUGUGCUUUACCAGUUGAUCAGCAACUUAUUAGUGUCAUCGCUAUGGCGUGACUACAGCUUUGCAAAAGCAGAUGAAAAGCUAGUCUGUAGUCUUUAUGUGCAUUUCUGUGAUCAGGUGCUACUUUCGAGUUUCUGUCUAUUCCCAAAACAGAAGACAUGGGCCUUAUCUCUUCUGGUUCAUCUCUUUGUGCUCCUGAUGCAUUUGCAAAAAGUGCUAGGUGGUGCUUAGAUCAGUCACAAGAUGGCAAAAGGAGGAAAGCCAAGCUCAUAAGAGUCUGGCUUGAGUAAGGGAGCUGUUAUCUCCAUUGCUUUCACAUUGCUUCUUAUACACAGCUGACAGUUCAGAUAAGCUGAUGGUUUCUGGAUGGUUCCAUGGUCUUCCCUCAAAUCUGCUCAGCUGUAACACUAGCCUUGUCUGUGUUAGCUACAAGGUGCUCUUAUUACUGCCCACAAAUCCACUUAGUGCUCUAGAGUGGAGUGCUUUUUAACUCACUUGGUAGACACAUUAAACCAAUGUAAACCAGUGUAUUUUAGGGCUUACCUAGAGUGAAACAUGUUUAUAGAUACAAUUGUAAAUAAUCUGUUUUGAGUGAAUUGCAAACAAUUUUUUGAUUUUUGGUUCAUAGACAGCUCAUGACAAUGGGUAACGCAACCUCAUCAUUAAGUGAUCUGUUUUUGUUUGUUUAUUGUCUGGAUGCUUUUUAUUUCUAGAUUAUGAAUGUAUCAUAUGGAUGGCUGGGUCUUAAAAUGUUUCUGGGCGGAUGAUGCUUGUCUCCGAGCCAUGGCCUGCUAGAAGCUAAUGUAGUUUGUUUUUAAUGGCAUAUCUUCUUCCACUGUAGGAUUUAGAGACCUAUCCUCCAUCUUUAAUGGAGCUUUGUUUUUGAUUAGAUUAGCAGAGAAACAAUAUUCAUUGACUGUACAUGAUACAGUAAGUACAAGUAUUUUAAUUUAUUUCUUUAAGUUACUUAGUUACCCUGGCCUGUUUUGGCGGAAAGGCUCCGGAAAAAAAAAACCUAAUUUACACAAUUUGCCACUUACUCCAGAUAUAGUUAAUCAACUGAGACAUUUGUUUGGUGUACAAAUUUUGCUUCUUUAGUGCUGAAUCUACAAGACUAAUGUUGCUAACAAAUACUGGAGGUCAGUAGUCACCCAAAGUGUUUUCUGCCAACACAUCCUGAAAACAUCUCUUAAGCGGCUCAAACCAGAGCCAGGUCUUUAAGUAUGUGCAGUCAGUUGGUGAUGUUUAGGACACAGAUUGACUUACUGUGAACUACAAAAAUGAAACUUCAUCAUGUAAUUGAACUCAGCAGGCAUCUUCAAAAUCUUCAACAGAAAAUAGAAUCAACAGACAUCACCAUGCAAUCUAGAGUCCAUAUAUCUGUGUACAGUCUGCGGAGGAGUCGGGUUUUGAUACAGUCUCUGUUGUCUAAAAAGGCUGAUUGCAGCGUUCUGUGAAGUUUUGUUCAUUUUUGUAGUUUACAGUAAGUCGUACUGUAUCCUAAACCACGUUACCAAGUCUGCACACCCUUAAUACAGAAUAUGGAUGUGAUUCGAGGCGGUUGAGAGAAGUUCUGGGGACGUAUUUAUACUGAAAAUAUUUAGGUGACUAUUGACUUCUAGUGCUUGCUAGCAAUGUUAGUCUUGUCGCUCAAGCACUAAAAUAAAAAAGCAAAAGUUGGACAUCACACAUGUCCUGGCUGACCAGCUACCUCUGGUUUAAGCGGAAAAUGGUGUAAAUUUCACUGUUUGCCAAAUCUUUCUUUUAGUGCCACAUUGUGCAUUAUUAGAGGAGGGUAGGAUUUGACACUUAUGUUUUUGUUCAUAUGCAUAUAAAAAGUCUUUAACAGUUAAUAGUCUGUUAGUGGUUAAUGAGUAAAUGUGAGAUUACAUGGCAAGGUUAUACUCUGUGCAUUAUCAAUAAUAGUGCAAUUAACUAUUGAUGAAAUUAAAGUGUGUGCAAAAUAAAAGCCACUUUUUUUUCCUUUUGCCUAAAUCAAAUAGAUGCCCAAAAAAACGUGUAUGUGCCAAGUUGAGUUGUUCUCUUCUUCGGUAGUUUGUGUUUGUGCCUGAAGACGUAAGCGUAAACUAUUGUGAAUUUGAAUAUAAACCAAAUCAAACUGUGUGAAGUAACACAACAGCUGUUCAUGCAAGGUAAAAUGUUAUAGUAUAUGGGAAAUCACAAAACUAUAUUGUAUUUGGACUGAUUUGUAUUCACAGUCUUAGAAAACACUAUAUCUGUGUAGAAUGCAAUGAUGACAAAUCCUUAGACGAAGAAAAAAAAACCUGCUGUUUUAGUGAAGCAUUAUAUUGGACGUGUAUCCGAAAAUAAUCCCAUAUGAUAUAAACCUAUAAUAUUAAACUACAAAUAAGAGCUCUGCAUGCAUUCGCUGACAAAGGAUAUGUGGUAUACUGAAAAGUAUUCGGGACUAUUUUGGAUCUUGUUUAUGUUGCGUUUUGAUUCUAAUUAUACAUUUAUUUGUCCUUAUGUGUUUUUGUCACAAAAAAAACUGUGAAAUUGUUUCAUAAUAUUGACACUAAUCUCAGAUCAACUGACACUGGUUAAGUUGGUUGUCUUGGAUGUUUGCUAUACAUUUACCAUAUAACUCGCAUGUGUAAUCGACAGUGUUGUCUUGAAUUGACAAAGCAGUGAGCCGACUGCUAAACGCUGAUCUUAUUCUAAAGACUACAAAGCUUCUGGGGUUUAUAAUUAUGGAAAAGUAUAUAUUUUUAAGAUUUUGUUACUAGAAACUGUUGUUCUUGUGCAAAUAUUUGGUUUGACAGUUUUGUAACAAUAAACUACCCUCUAUCAGUCA